UUCUGCCGUUGUGACAACUUCUACAAUCCUCACGUUGGAUAUUUUUUUUUUGCGUUCAAUUAAGCAGUUUGAGAAACGGUUUAAGUGUUGAUAUAAGGCGAGAACGCCAUGACGGAGCCCGAGGUACUGACAGAGGUGCCUGCCUCCCUGAAGCGCCUGGCCAAGCAAGUGGUGCGCGGGUUCUAUGGGGUGGAACAUGCGCUGGCCCUGGACAUCCUCAUCCGAAACCCUUGUGUAAGAGAGGAGGACAUGCUGGAACUGCUCAAGUUUGACAGGAAGCAGCUGCGCUCGGUCCUGAAUACCCUGAAGGGGGACAAGUUCAUCAAGUGCCGCAUGAGGGUGGAGACCGCUCCCGACGGGAAGACCACCCGGCACAACUAUUACUUCAUCAACUACAGGCUGCUCGUCAACGUGGUCAAGUACAAGCUGGACCACAUGAGGAGGCGGAUUGAGACGGACGAGAGGGACUCCACCAACCGUGCCUCCUUCAAGUGCCCCUGCUGCUUCAGCACCUUCACCGACCUGGAAGCGAACCAGCUCUUUGACCCCAUGACAGGAACAUUCCGUUGUACUUUCUGUCAGACGGAGGUUGAAGAGGAUGAGUCUGCUUUGCCGAAAAAAGAUGCCAGGACACUAGUGGCCAGGUUUAACGAUCAAAUCGAGCCAAUUUAUGUCCUGCUGAGAGAAACUGAAGACAUCAAUCUGUCCCAUGAUUUACUGGAACCAGAGCCAGCUGAGAUCCCAGCACUCAAGCAGAGCAGGGAGCGAGCUGCAGCGGCUUUAGGGGCCUCUGCUGGAGCCCACCGGGAGAACUGGGCCACCAAGGGCGCUUACGAGGACUUCUACACCCAGAACGUCACUAUCAGCAUGGAGGAGCAGGAGGAACAGAAGCGCUCAGCCAGCGAGGGCAAGACUCCCAAGGAGAGGCCUGUGUGGCUGACAGAGAGCACCGUCAAAGGGGCAUACAGCGAGGCUGACGACCUGAAGGAAGGUGGAAUGGGUGUUGAUGGUUUACGGGAUCAUGAUGAAGGGCAGAGCAUGCAGCUGGAUGAGAACGAGGAGGUUAUGCGGGCCCUGCUGAUCCACGAGAAGAGGAGCGCUGGCAUGAACUUGGCGUCGGCAGGGGGUGUGGGUGCAGGGGCUGGCGUGUCGCUCUCAGGCGCCAAUGCCAGCGACUCGGAGAGUGACACCAGUGAAUCUGAUGAGGAAUCUCCUCCCCACCCUAUGGCUCAGCACUACAGAAGAAACGAGGACGACGAUGAUGAUGAUGACGAGUUUGAGGAAGUGGGCAAUGAGCCUACAGUUUUAGUGGCUGGUCGGCCCCACUCCUACAGUGAGGUCAGUCAGCAGCCCGAGCUUGUCACACAGAUGAGCCCUGAGGAGAAAGAAGCUUACAUUGAAAUGGGACAAAAGAUGUUCCAGGAUAUGUAUGAGUAAACCAUUCCAAAUCCUCCUUUUUUUUUCAUCUUUUAAUAUUUUGUAUGUUUUUUUUCUUUAAUGGACAGCUAUUUUAUCAGCUCAGACAUCACUGCUUAGAACUACAAGUCCUGUUCCCAACCAUGGCGGACAUCUGUAGUAAUGCCUCACUCUUUUCACAUGCUCAAGUUCCCAUUUGAGCAGAAUGGCAAGAUGACUGAAGUAUUUGAAUCAAAACCAGUUUUAAGUGUCAAUAAUCAUUUUCACAGCGUGAUUUGCAGAUGUGCAACAGAUAAACAGUAUUUAAGGACCCUCGUCUUUUAAUAUAUUAUAAAAUGUAUUAGUUUCAUUCUUGUGUACGUGUGCAAAAACAGGCAACAUUAAAUCCAAGAAAUGUUCAUUUGUGUAAAUCUCAUAACAAACAUAUACAUUUGAAACUGCUGCUGCUGCUGCAAAAAAAACUCUGUCCAUAAGCUGAAUGGUUAAUGUUAAAGUUUGUUAGCAGUUUAAAAACAGUGCCAUUGAAGUUGUUGAGGCUUUUUGGUUGAUUUUUUCAAGUGUCAUCAUGUGCAAGUACACAAGCUAAUAUCAGAGUUCUUUAACUCCUGGUCGUGCUGUUUUGAGAUUUGAGUAUUUAAGGUCACACAGCUUUGAAUUGAUAGUGUAAAGAAAGACUUAGUGGCAUUUCAACCAUAUUACAUUAUUUUGUCAAAUCUAUUGUUCUACCUUUUUAUGAAAGAAUAUAACUCCUAUUCAAGUUUUGUAUUAGAACUAUUGUGUUUUAAAAAACAAACAACAAAAAAAACACACACAAACUCCAUGCCAAACGGUUUUGGUUUAUUUUUAAAAACUAGUCUGUAACUUCUUAGUUUGCCUUCAAAUAAAAUUGUAAACCUAAAUUGUA